UAUAGACGAUGAACAUGGAUGAACACUCGGGUAGCGGUGAACUACAACAAUUGGUACAGAAAGAGGAGAGCGAAGAGCCAUUAAGUAGAGGCGAUGAAGUAACGCCGCCUUGUACUCCUACUAAGUCUAAUAAACAAUCUAAAGGCAAAAUACACAGUCCCCAUGAAUUGCAACAAGUAAUAUGGGAGAAUAACGCACAAAGUUCAUCGGCAUUAAGCAAAGAAUCUUCGAGUCAAGCUACAACUAGCUAUGGAAAUCAAUCUCGUCUCGUUUAUUCAAACGAUAAAGAAAAACAGAAGUCCGUUAAUCCCGAAGUUCCAAAUAUAAAUAAGCAACGUAAAGUUCUGCUACCAUGCAAGCAUCAUUCAUUUUUAUCAGAAGUACCCGAUGUCAGGCAUAUGGAGCAAGCGCUACUCCAGCUACUCGAAGACUUCCAUAGUGGCAAUUUGCGUGCUUUUGGAAAAGAUUGUAGUAUGGAACAAAUGAUUGAAAUUAGAGAGCAGCAGGAAAAACUUGCGCGACUUCAUUUUGAAAUGGGACAACGUCAGGAUAUUCACGAGAUUGAGCAAUCAAGUUUUAGACAAUCGAGUGCCAAUAUGCUUAAUCUUCUUCAACGACUCGAACAACUUAGUGUUUGUAUUGAGAAACUGCACAGUAAAUAAUAAUAAUUAUAUGUUCGUGUAUAGUAAAUGAUAAGAUGAAAAUACUUAUUAUAUUAUUGUGAAUGUUGAUUUAUUUUUGUAUAGAUAUG